UUUUCAAAUUUUUCUUAAACUUCAAACAUUCAAUUUUUUGUUCUAUUAAAUAAAAUUAAAAAAUUAAGGUUUUUUUUUGACAUUCCAAAAAUGAAUCCAUUAAUGAGACUUUCCUUGCAUCAUUUUAGCUUAUGGAAACCAAAUCAAUUUCGAUCCUCAGGUUAUUUGGAAAAGAAAACAUUUUCCAUCAAACCUAUUAAGGAAAAUCCUAAAACCAAUGUUAGUUCUAUAAGUUCCAAUCAAAACUCUGAAAUAUUACUUAGAACAUGCCAAGCAAUAUCUUCUUCAAAUGAAGUGAAAUUAAUACGAUUAACUAUUGAAAUGAUCAUCAAGAAAAGUUCAACAUUAUUUGAAAAUCAUGUUGUUAAGAAUCCUUCAUUUCAAGAUUUUUUGUCGUUAUUGAAGUUUCGUAUUGAAAAAUUACAAAUUACAACCGAUAAAAGUCCCAGAACCAUUCAGAAGAAGAAUAUUUCUUGUACUUUGAAGAAGGAAACUGAGAAUAAUACGUCUCUAAAAGUGAAGAAGGUAGAUGCAAAAAUUUCGGACUCCCCAUAAUCAAAAUGGCAAAGAUGGAAUUUGAACUCUGUUUUUAUUAUUUCAUUAGUAAAAAAAAUUGAAUUUCAUUA